AUGAAAUUUCACCCCGCUGUUCCAGCUCUCUUUCUCUCCAUUGUACCAGUCUUGGUUCACGGUGCGCCAGCACCUGAAGCAAAGGCUAAUUGGGUCAAGAGUGGGCGUGGUCACAGAGUCAUACCACAUGACUCGCGGCAAGCUAAGCGUCAAUAUCUAAACACCACAAGUCCCGAAGCACCCGGCUGUGGUGACGCUGCGCCAGCUGUUACUGCCCCGAUUCCCAAUGUUUGGGAAGGCUUCACUGACGAGGAAGCUGCGUCUGUGGUUUACUGGCUCUUCGAGCAGUCGGACCUGAAUUUGACAACGAGUGAAAAGGCUGGAGAGUGGGACAACUCCGUCUUACUUGUUGAGUUGCAACGUCCAAACAAGACUGACGUAGUUGCCUACCUUGAUGGUUCCGGACCAGCUCCUGAUCGUUACGCCCAUGUUCUACUGAACAUACGAGCAACCGAGGAGCCCUACUAUGCCGAUAUUCUGGUUGGCCCUCUCCCGGUUAUAGCUAAUGUUACGACAUGGCAGCCUCUCGACUACUACCACACACGGAAAACUGAAGGAAGGGUUCGCAACCUCAGUGCAAAUGACGACACGCUUUACGAGAAACUCCUCUACCCUACAAGUGCAUCUAUCAAAGACAUCACUCUCGAACUUUGGGGCGGCAGUGCUCUCGGCUAUGACAACGAUACGAUCACUAUGUGGGGCAUAGAUCCAAUGGGCCAAGAAGAUGGUCGCAUUACCAGUUGGUACAUGUUCGUCCACAAAAGCGCAACGGGCUUUGAUACCACUUCCAUUCUUUCUCUUGGCUUAUACUUCUUGGUGGAUCAGAGUGGAAGAGACCCGACUCAAUGGAAGGUUCUCGGCUGGUUCUACAACGACAUCUGGUACGACUCGACUGAGGCUUUCAAAAAUGCUUUCUAUAGUCCUGGUUUCGUGAAACUCCCAAUCAAUAUCGAUGGACCCUGGGCUACGACCGACCAGAGCGGACCUAUUCUUCCCAAGGAUACAUUGUCUCCACCUAUGGCUAUAGCACCUGCUGGCUCACGCUACUCGGUUGACGUGAAUGAGAAGUACGUUGAGUGGAUGGAUUUCAGCUUUUACGUGGGCUUCUCAAGGGACACUGGUCUCGCACUGUACGACAUCAAGUACAAGGGCGACCGAAUCAUAUAUGAGCUUGGAUUACAAGAAGCACUUGCUCAUUAUGCUGGCGCUGAUCCUUAUCAAUCUGGAACAGCGUAUCUCGAUUCUUACUACGGAUUUGGGCCUUAUGCUUUCCAGCUCGUUGAGGGUUACGAUUGCCCUGCCUAUGCGACAUACCUCAACUCGUCCUUCUAUGUUGAUGAAACGACGCAUACUCACGUCAACUCGAUCUGCUUGUUCGAGUUUGAUGCAGACUACCCCCAACAACGUCACAGCACUACAAACUACGUAUCUUCCACGAAGAACACUUACUUCAGCCUUCGGUCGGUCUCUACAAUUGGAAACUACGACUACAUGUUCACGUAUUCCUUCUAUCAGGACGGCACGGUUGGAGUUGAGGUACGCGCAUCGGGUUAUAUCCAAGGAGCGUACUAUGCCAACAACCAAGACUACGGUUGGCACAUUCAUGACGCACUGAGCGGCUCGAUGCACGACCACGUCCUGAAUUUUAAAGCGGAUUUUGACAUCCUCGGAACGGCAAACACCGUGCAGCUAGUCAAAAACGUUGCCACAACCGAGACGUACCCUUGGUCCCAGGGCAAGCCACGCAACACCAUGAAACUCCAGAAGAGCUUCAUCGAGAGCGAAGACGAAUCUCGCAUCAACUUCGGCGAGAACGCCUUAACCCAAGUCAUCAUCGUCAACCAAAACGAGACCAAUAAGUACGGCGAGAAUCGCGGCUACCGCAUCCUUCCUUCAUCAGGCACCGCCCACCUUACCGUUCAGAACUCUUCCUCCGCCGUGAAUUCGGCCAACUGGGCAGGCUACGACAUCCAAUUCACAAAGCAAAAGGACACCGAACUUAGCAGCUCGCAUCCCUACAAUUCGCAAGAUGUCAAUGACCCACCCAUCAACUUCGACCACUUCUUCAAUGGCGAAAGCCUCGUCCAGGACGACCUCGUCGCGUGGAUCAACCUCGGCAUGCAUCAUAUCCCGCAUACGGGAGACUUGCCGAACACGGUGUUCACGACCGCACAUUCGGGCGUCCAAUUCAUGCCGUUGAACUACCUGCUUGGAGAUGCUAGUCGUCAGACCGUGAACCAGGUCCGCAUCAACUAUGAUGCUGGGAAGGCGACUGCAGUCGAGACGUUUGGGCAGAAAACUGACACUUGCCCGUUGAACAACGAGAUCGUGGAUGUGAACAAGGAGCUCUGGGAAUAUGUGGGAGAUGUGGUGGUCAGGAAGUAUCCUUAUGAUCCUAAUCACCCGUUUGAGGAGGUGCUGGGCAUUGACUGAGAGCGAAGAAGAUCAAGUAUC